AUGGCUCUACAGGACAGCUCUGUUCCUUUCCACUGUGACAAGAGACACUCAACCUUUUCCUCCCUGUCCCCCUCUCCAUCAACACAUACCUGCCGCCCAUUCCCUUUGUCUCACGGAACCACUACACUGGCUUUUGUGUUCCAAGGUGGUGUUAUAGCAGCGGCAGACACACGUGCCAGCUGCUCAGGGCUUGUUGCCUGUCCUUCUGCCCAGAAGAUAUUGCCAAUCCACUCCCAUUUACUUCUCACCACUUCAGGCAGUGGUGCAGACUGCAUGCUAUGGGAGCGAAUCCUGGCCAGAGAGAUCCGUCUUUACCAGUUACGCCAUGGCCGACGAUUGUCAAUCACUGGCUCUGCAAAGCUCCUCUCUCAUAUGUUGUACCCAUUUAAGGGAACUGAUGUGUGUGUGGCAGCUACUUUGUGUGGUUGGGAUGUAGAGGAGGUUAGGGUGGAUGAAUCAAAGGAACAAAGAGUUAAGACGAUGGAAUCAAAAGCAUCAGGCAGAGACAAUAUCUCCCCAGCAGAAGUACCACCUGAAGAGUCAGGAGUGUGUGCACAUGAAACUGGUAGUCAUGAUGACGUGACUGGCAAAGCCAAUGAUCGUUGUGGCCCAAAGCUGUUCUAUGUGUGCAGUGACGGCACUCGUCUGCAAGGAGAACUGUUCUCAGUGGGCUCCGGUUCACCCUAUGCCUAUGGAGUACUGGAUGUGGGAGUGCGCUGGAGCCUGAGUGCGGAGGAGGCAAUAUCACUGGCCAGGGAGGCUGUGUACCGCGCCACACACAGGGAUGCAUAUUCAGGGAACUGUGUGGACCUGUUCCACAUCACUGCCCAAGGAUGGAACCGCAGAGACAGAGAGGACCUGAGGAAUGAGUACCACAGAGACAGCGAAAGGAUUUUGAAAAGGGGGAAUGAGGGUGGGUCACAAGAGGAGAAAGAUAGGACAUUUGAGUAG